AUGGCUGAGGUUGGAGAGGAGAUAACAAUAAAAAGAAAAAAACAGUAUGGAUUAUGCUCUAAACUAUGGUGUCUAAGAUGCAUGAAUUGUUGUAAAGCUGAUGAUGUUUCAAUUUUAACAUCAAGAAAUAGAAGGGAGUUGUCUGUUAAAUUAAUGGCUAAAUAUCAGAAUGCAAUUUAAUUAAAUCCAGAAGAAAUCCAAGUUUUAGAUGUUCUUAUAUUAUUGUAUACCUUGGAUGAGAAAUCUUGGGCCUAUCAAUAUUUGUACUAAUGCAAGUUGAUAUCGAAUGAGGAGAGUUCAAGGAAUGAUUUAGAGUUUUAUAUUCCAUAGUUGAUGAAUUACUUGGUGUUUCAUGAAGAAAUGUUGAAUGAAAAUAUUAGUUAGUUUAUACUCACUUCAUGCAUUCACAAUUUUUACUUUGCGUAGGUUGUCUAUUGGACACUCUUUUCAAUAAGCGCAAUUGUUUUUGACAACUAAGUAACAGAAUUUUAAAAAGUAAGAUCGUACUUAUAAAAUCUAAUUAAAAGAAUGGUAUUGAAUCAUGAGACUAAUAAUGAAGUGAAGGAGUAAAAUGAUAAGAUAGCAGAAAUGAUAUCUACUUAUGGAACACCUUCAUUUGAUCAACAUUCUAUGAAAUGCUUAAUAUUGCCUGAACAUAUUCAAUUAUCAAAAUAUAAACCGUUAGAAUAGUAGGAAAGUUAUGAUUUUAUGUCUUGUAUCAAUUUUUGGAAUGAUAUCAUAUCAAUUUCAGAUAAAUUAAAAUUUGCCGAUCCUAAAAUAAUAUCAUUGCGAGCUGAUUUAUCAUUAAUAAACACAAGAUUGCCUGCUAAUGUGUACAUUCCUUUUGUGAAAGAUCAAUUGAGGCAUUACACAAUUUUAAAUAUUGUUGUACAAGAAACCAAAAUCUUCUCCACUAAAGAAAGAGCUCCCUUUUACAUUUGUGUAGAAGUCUACAAUGUUGAGAAGGAGGAAGGCAAAAGUGAGGAUAAAAGAGAAAGAAAGAAUUCUGAAUUCAACGUUGAACUCACUAUGUUAAGUGAUUUUAAGAGCCAAUCCAGUUUAGCUAUGUCCUAGUUUUCUACUCAAAGUUUAGGUGUCGCUGAAUGCUAUGAAAUAGAGCUAAGUAAAAAAGAGGAUUUGAAGAAACCCAGCAAUGCAACAUUGGAUUUUGAGAAAAUUGGAUUGGAGAUCUUUGGUGAAGAUUCCAAUUAAAUAAGUGAAAGAAUUAGAUAGCAGUCUCCUUAUUGUCAUUUCAGAUCUUGGAGACUGGUUCAUUUAAUAGUUAAAACAGGUGACAAUUUAAAAUAAGAACAAUUUGCACUCCAAUUAAUCAAUUAAUUCUAAUUGAUAUUCUAAAAAGAAAGUCUACCAUUAAAGUUGACAACUUAUGACAUUCAAUCCUUAGGGCCUAGUUCAGGCAUAAUGGAGAUGAUUAAAGAUGCGGCAACUAUAGAUUCACUCAAAAAGAAAUUAAAUUCUAUUGAUAAGGAUAUCACUUUGAGUCAAUUCUUUUAAAAAUACUAUGCAGCGAAUUUACAUAAAGCUUAGAGAAACUUUUGCUGUAGUUUAGCUGCUUAUAGUUUAAUUUGUUAUUUCUUAUAAAUAAAGGACAGACACAAUGGUAAUAUCUUGUUACACAAAUCUGGCAAGAUCUUACAUAUUGAUUUUGGGUUUUUUAUCAGCAUAUCACCUGGAAAAGGAUUGGAAUUCGAAAAAAAUGUUCCAUUUAAAUUAUUAUCUGAAUACAUCGAUGUUUUGGGAGGAACAUAAUCUGAAUUAUUCAAUCUAUUUAGGAAAUUAUUUUUCAAGGGAUUUGUUGCUUGUUAGAAACACUAAGAUCAAAUAUUGUUACUAGUUAAAAUGAUGUAUAGUGGACAUGGAUACACUUUGCCAUGUUUUAGUAAAGGGGAGAGUGCUAUCCAUGAUCUAGAAUCUAGAUUUAAUCCACCUUGCUCAAAUGAUGGAGAAAUAUCAGUAUUUACAUAGAGUCUAAUCAAUCAAUCUCUUGAUAAUUGGAGAGCCAAGUGGUAUGACAAAUUUUAAUAUUACUUUUAAGGAAUAUUCUAUUGAUUAUGAAAACUAAUAUUUAUUUUUAAUCAGAAUUGUUAUUUUAUAUACAUUA